CACGUUGGAUCUACAAUGCUCUCCUCUGUGGCUGUUUCCCCCUGCAUUGGCUACAGGAAGCUUAGUCCCUGGUUGCUAGGGCAACCGAGGAGGAUGGCCCUCAGCAGGAGGUGGGGAGGCCUCGGGCUGCCUCUCAGCUUGUCCCUGAGCGGCGUGUCUGUUGACCUGCUGCUGGCAGGGAGGAGGAGGAGGAGGAGGAGCCAGCUCUGCAGAGGAGCUUCUCCCCGUGCGGCGUGGGUCCUGCAUCCCCUCUGCCCCACCACUAUACAGAGCUCCAGCAUCAGAGCGAAAGCUCCUCUCUUCCUCUACUCCAGCAGUAACAAGAGCACUGCAGCCAAGAUGUCAUCCUCUUCCUCCACCUCCAACGGACAAGGGAUGCUCAAGCCGAAAUCCCCGUUUCGUAAGAGGGGGAGUCUUCAGAGCACCACCAGCCCUGAUCUGUGUGGAAUAUCUGGGCCCAAGCCUCUCAAGCCUCAGCGUUCCCUGCCAGGGACGCCCGAUUCUGUCAAGCACCAUCCAGCCGACCUGCGAGCAUCCAUGGAGGAGAAGUACAAAGAGAUUGCAGAGGAGCUGUUCACUCGCAGCAUGACUGAGAGUGAGAUGAGGAGCGCUCCCUACGAGUUCCCCGAGGACAGUCCCAUCGAAAAGCUGGAGGAGCGGCGCCACCGUCUGGAGAGGCAAAUUAGCCAGGACAUUAAGCUUGAACCCGAGAUCUUGGUCCGUGCCAAACAGGACUUCAUGAAAAUCGACAGCACGGCAGACCUAGAGUUAAUGAAGGACAUGUGUUUGGAUACUGUCGAUGAUGGCUUCAGGGAGAGAGCGUUGCCACUGGAGCGAGAGUACCAGCGGGUCUCCAUAUCCGGCGAGGAGAAGUGUGGGGUUCCCUUCAUUGACCUGUUAGAUGCUGCCAAGUGUGUGGUGAAGGCGCUGUUCAUCCGGGAGAAGUACAUCAACCGAUCCAUGCAGAACUUCUGUAAGACCACGUCUCGUGCCCUGCAGGAGCUCGGGAUGAAGCCUCUGGAUCUGAGAGUCUAUGACGAUAUACCGGAUACUCCUGUAGAUGCAGAUGCCCCAGUCCAUCCACCUGUUUGUCAUACUCACCCCUACGACAACCAGGACCCCUCCAACAUGCCGGCAGACACGGGAUACGGAUGCCAGAUGGUGAACGGCUUGGUCCAUGUCUACACCAACAAUAACAAUAUGGACAAGGGCGCAGAACUGGACUUGCCAUAUCCGGACCUGAAGGAGUACAUCGCAGACAUGAAUGUUAUGAUGUCGCUCAUUAUUAACGGGCCUGUGAAGUCUUUCUGCUACCGCCGCCUUCAGUACCUGAGCUCCAAGUUCCAGAUGCACAUCCUUCUGAACGAGAUGAAGGAGCUGGCAGCUCAGAAGAAGGUUCCUCACAGAGACUUCUACAAUAUACGAAAGGUGGACACACACAUACAUGCAUCGUCCUCCAUGAACCAGAAGCACCUGCUGAGAUUCAUCAAGAAAGCCAUGAAGAAAUACCCCGAGGAGAUUGUUCACAUCGAGCACGGCCGUGGUCAGACCCUCAAGGACGUGUUUGAGACGAUGAACCUGACGGCCUUCGACCUGAGCGUCGACACUCUCGACGUGCACGCGGACCGCAACACGUUCCAUCGCUUUGACAAGUUCAACGCCAAAUACAACCCCAUCGGCGAAUCCAUCAUCAGAGAGAUUUUCAUCAAGACCAACAACCACAUUGAAGGAAAAUACUUUGCACAAAUAAUCAAGGAAGUCAUGUUUGACUUGGAAGAGAGCAAGUACCAGAACUCAGAACUACGCCUGUCCAUCUACGGUCGCUCCAGGGACGAGUGGGACAAGUUGGCUCAGUGGGCCGUCAAACACCGCGUCUACUCUAACAACGUGCGCUGGCUUAUCCAGGUGCCACGUCUGUUUGACGUGUACCACACAAAGAAGCAUCUGGCCAAUUUCCAGGAGAUGUUGGAGAACAUCUUCUUGCCUCUGUUUGAAGCCACGAUCAACCCACGUAGUCAUCCAGAGCUGCAUCUCUUCCUGGAACAUGUGUCCGGCUUUGACAGCGUCGACGACGAGUCCAAACCUGAGCAGCAUAUUUUUAACCUGGACAGUCCACUGCCAGACAAAUGGACAGAAGAGGACAACCCGCCCUACUCCUACUACCUCUACUAUACCUAUGCCAACAUGACUGUGCUUAACCACCUGCGCAGGCGCCGAGGCUUGAACACAUUUGUCCUGCGACCUCACUGUGGGGAGGCGGGGCCUAUCCACCACCUGGUGUCAGGGUUCAUGCUGUCAGAGAACAUCUCCCACGGGCUGCUGCUCAGAAAGGCCCCAGUGCUGCAGUAUCUUUACUACCUGGCUCAAAUCGGCAUCGCCAUGUCUCCGCUGAGUAAUAACAGCCUGUUCCUCAGUUACCAUCGUAACCCACUGCCAGAGUACCUGUCCAGAGGCCUCAUGGUGUCCCUGUCCACUGACGACCCACUUCAGUUCCACUUCACUAAGGAGCCUCUGAUGGAGGAGUACAGCAUCGCUACUCAGGUGUGGAAACUGAGUUCCUGUGACAUGUGUGAGCUGGCGAGGAACAGUGUCCUCAUGAGUGGAUUCUCCCACAAGGUUAAAAGUUAUUGGCUGGGCCCGAGCUAUUCCAAGGAGGGUCCCGAAAGCAACGACAUCCGCCGCACCAACGUGCCCGAUAUCCGCGUGGCGUACCGCAGCGAGACGCUGUCCGAGGAGCUCAAUCUCAUCACGCACGCCGUUCGCACGGAAGAGCUGGACGGCAUCGCCGAGGACGACUCCCUGACCAUGGCUCCUCUGCUGGGAAAGCGCUGAGACGGAAACCCUGCGGUCCGCGGGACACGGGAGGGACGAGGUGUGAGAGUCAUUCUGCUGUUUUCUAAACAACAACAACUACAAUCACGAUAGAGGAAUCCCACACUCUGACAGCCAACACAUCAACAACACCAAGGAUUCAGUGCUGCUAGAGCAUCUGAGCCUCAUCACUCGUACACUUCUUGUGUCUGAAUCCUUAUUACUUUGCACUAGAGGAUUGUUAAUCCACAUUAUUCUGUCAUUUUCUGACUCUUUUCAGUCUCAGUCAGCAUGAGGAAGUUUAGAAGGAAUGACCAGCACCACAUGUUUUCUGUGACUGAACAGUGAAACACUAGCGGCGUCAAGAAAUGAUGUUUAUGGGACAAAUUACCUGUAGAUUGUGAACAUUUAGUGUGAGUGUGAGUGUUUAUAGGCAGGGAUUAAAUAAUCUACACAUAAGUAGUUGUUUGGUUUUCUCAUUUGUCUCAGAAUAAGCCUUUUAUAUGUACUUUAGUGGAAAUUGUGCUUUUACAAAGUCCAUUAGUUUGGGUUAGGGUUGUGCAGAAGAUGACUCCGCCCACAGUUACUCAGCGAAGGCGGGGCUAGGCUAGAGCACAAAGGCAGAUUCUAUACAUUUGAAUAACAACACAAAGAAAGAACUGUUAGAAACCAAUACAAAGAUAAAAAUUACAAUCAAUGAAAAAAGUGUUCAAAGAAUACAAAGAUCAAUGUCUUAAAAAGGUAAAAUAAAUAUGAAAAAAAUAAGAUUAGCUUUAGAAAAUCAGUAGAUUAAAAUAUAAUAAAUAAAAAAUAAUGUAAAUAAGUAAAUGAAUAGAAGAUAUAAAACGUCAUGAAAUGUUAAAAAAGGACCUUAGAUUGUUAGAAGUGUUUAAUUUAAAGCACUUAUAAUGAAGAAGAAGAAGAUAGUCUGAGAUAUUUGUAUCUAUGGUAACUCAGCGACGUCCUCUCUGGUCUGUGAAGGCCACCGUAGUUCCCUGAGCCGUUAGCUGCAGUCUGUGGUCUCACCGUUACACGUCACUGUUCCCAACAUGCUGGACCUUUGACUUACUGUGUAUGGGAAACACAAACGGAAGUUUGAAGGAAAGGAAAAAGAAAUCAAACAGCAUGAAUUCUGAGGUCCGAUAGAAAGUCAGAAUUUCUCAGAAUUCUUAGAUUAAAGUCAGAAUUCUGAGAUUAAAGGAAAAAAGUCAGAAUUCUGAGAUUAAAGAUUUGUUAGAAUUCAUGCUGUGUUCUUUCUUUCAAUUCUUUUUUUUUUUUUUACAAUACACUAAUACCCUGAUGAAUACUCUGUACCGUAGUAUUCAUAGAAACACUGACAAACAUUUUACAGGUAGUGUAAACUUUGAUGAAAUCAGCUGCAGGUUCCAGAACUCGAUGUGGUUUCAGAUCCUUUUAUUUCCCACACAGAUAAUAAUAUUAAUCAGAAAUGGACUCCUGUGUUUAAGGAAAAGAGAGAAACUGCUGCAUUAGCUCCAGUUAAUGUGUACAAUCCUUUUCUUUUAUGAUAUUUCUGUGAGAGACAUUAUAGUUUUUAACCUUCGCACAAGAAAGUGUGGCCAUGACGUGGGUCCUGGAUCGCUCUCGUUCUCCUUCUGCAGUGAAUGAAAGUAUAAAGUCAUGGAGUGUUUUCCUUGUUGCAUGCAGUGCACUGAAACAUAUGCACCACGACUCCACAGUGCCUUUUCAUUUAGUUUGUUUACACGUGUAAAAGUUCUGCUCUCCUUUCCCCCUCAGUCGUAAACAGUACAGCACUCUGACGCCGCCCAGCUGCUGCUUUGUGUGACGUAACCUUGGACCUUAAUGACGAGUAUUUGUGUCUCAGUUCUCAGUUUACAAGUGUGCAUAGGUAACUGCAUGCCUGCAUGAGUAAUGGCCGACAGAAGAUAGAGAGAGUGACUUUACAGCGAGCUGUGAUGUGAAGCUUCUUAACUCAUUUAGGGCUGGAGUUUUAAAUGACAGCAAAACUAUGGAAGAAAAAAAGAAAAAAAAGGUAAAACUUAGCCUUGAUAAUAAAAAUAUCCUCAAAGUAAGUCGAAAUAUUAUUUAAUAACUAUAAUAUAAUAUGAUGAGAUAAAAAAGUCAUAAUUAUGAGAUAAAAAGUUCAAAUUAUGAGAUAAAACCCCAUAAUUAUGAAAUAAAAAGUCAUAAUUACGAGACAAAGUCGAAAUAAUGAGAUAAAAAGUAUUUUUAUCUCAUAAUUUCGUCUUUCUUUGAGGAUAUUUUUAUUAUCAAGGCUAGUUUUACCUCUUGUUUUUUUGUUUUGUCGGGCGGAUGUUCACCCUGCCCUGAAAUCACUUACUUUUUGCAAACUAUGGUCACUCUUCCACUGUCGCCACUACUGACGACACUUGUUUCACCUCCCAUCAAACUGUGAACAUUCACUGUCAGGUAACAAUGACACCGCAGACGAUCAGAGUUCAGCGUCAGCACAGCAGUGGGAGACAUUAAAGGGAACACGAUGGCAUACGUGUGAUUGUUUGGGUUUCAAGUGUAUAAAGUGUAUUUUUUUAAAGGCGACGUAGAGAUAACAAACAUUUUUAUAUUCACUCCGUAUUGAACUGACUUAGUUCUGUCGCUGUUGAAACGCGUGGAUUAGAGCUUUGUCUGUUUUUUUUUUUUCUUUCAGCACCGGUUUAUUAAUCGUAGAGUUUACGUGCGACAUUCAUGGAGGACGUUGUGUGUCUGUAAAACCGCUUUACUCGACAUAUACCGUCCUCUUUUAUUUCUGGUCGUCGAUGAGCGGCAGUGAUUUAUGCUGAAGAAGCACAAAAACAUACGGUUUCAUUUCUGCCACCUUCAUUUUGUUAUGGGCUUGUUCGUACACGUACACGUUUUUGACGUCAGUUAGAAGGACACUGAGGACGUUUAUGUUGACUUCAUGUCCUCACAGCGUGGUGCACUCACUACAGCGUUGCCCUCGGCAACAGCGGGCCAGUAACUCUUGACUCUUGACUGAUUCUUUUCCUCCAUCAAGUGUCAAUUUGACUCCCUGUAGUGAACGUUUAACACAACGCCAACAAACCCAAAAUAUCUAAGGAUAAAACCAUGAAACGAAACUGAAAUGUUUGAGAAGCGUGAACCUGAGUGAGUUUUUGAGUCUUGAUUGAAUUUUGUUCAAUAGACAAACUGUAAGUCACUGUUUAUUAAUUCCAAGUAUUCCGACACUCACUCAAAUCAUGUUUGUGUUUAUUUGAUUCCUUAAGUGUCUUUGUUGUUGUUUUUUUUACACAGUCUUCUCAAGUUUAGAUUUCAAACUAAUGUGGUGGAUAUUGAAACUGUAGCCACUUCUGUUGCCUGAAUGUCACAGAUUCCAUUUGCUUCUGAUAAGAUUCACGUGUAACGUCUGAGCAAUGAAAUAAAGCAUGUCGAUUCACUGA